AUGCCCACUUCACUUGCCAGCGGCCCGUUCCUGUCUCUUCGCCACGACCCCUCUUGUGGCCGCCAGAGGGAGCCUGAGCCGGUCAAUGGCCAUGGCCACACCCACACCCUCCCCUACCGCCCGCCCGUCUCUUCCGCCCCCUUCGCCUCGUUGCGCGCAGCCCCGCCGAGUGCCUCGCACGACUCGCACACACACGCCCAUGUCCGUCCGCACUGGGAGAGCCCGUCCACCGGCACCAAUGGCACCAACGGCGUCAAUGGCGUCAAUGGCACCACCCAAUACACGUCCGACGACGCCUUCCUCAAGCUGGGCAGCCCCCAGCAGGACGUUCUGCUGCUCCACGGGCCGCGCCAGAAAUACUCGCUCGAGAAGGCCAAGGACAUCCCGUCGCUCAAGAGCGACGACGAGAUCCUCAUCCAAGUGCUCGCCAUUGGCCUGAACCCCGUCGACUGGAAGGGCCCGGACUACAACUUUGGACAGCCGUCAUACCCGUGGGUCAACGGCAGAGACUUUGCCGGCCUGGUGGUCCGCGCCCCGCGCAAGCCGAGCCGGGUGCAGAGCGGCGACGUCGUCUUCGGGCCCUCGACAGACUACCGCGACGUCCGCAAGGCUGCCUACCAGGAGUACGUUGUGACCACCGACUACAACGUUGCCCGCAUCCCCCACGGUGUGCCGGUGCACACGGGCGCUGCAAUUGGCGUCGCCUUCGUCGCUGCCGCCAUUGGCCUCGGCACCUCUCUGGGCCUCGACUUCAGCUCUCUGGCCCGGGACGCCCCGCUCGGCCCCGACCUGUACCAACUCGUGCGCUCCGUCCAUCGCAGCCACUUUCCCGACGACGUGCACGCCGAGGUUUUUGAGGGCAUCCCUUACGAUGAGCGGCCCACCCGCGGCGACUGGAUUGUCAUCUGGGGAGGCUCCUCGACCACUGGCAUAUUUGCCCUCCAGCUCGCCAAGCUCGCAGGCCUCCGCGUCAUCGCCGUCGCCGAUGUGGCCAAGAACGGAAAACGCCUCAUCGACUUCGGGGCCGACAUGCUGGUGGACAGAUUCGACCACCAGCGCGCCCUCGACGUGAUCCGCAGCAUCACCGCCAACCAGCUGCGCUUCGCCAUCGACGUCGCCGGCACCGAGUCGGCCACCCACCUGCAGGAGGUUCUGCAUACCUCGGCCGCCGAGAAGCGCGCCCACCUGCUCGGCUUCACCGGCCUCCCCAAGACCAAGGUCAUCGACGUGCAGCAGCACACGGUGCCCAUCAAGAUCUUCCACGCCGCACCCGCCGUGGGCGAGGCCAUCAUGACCUGGGUCGAGGAGCUCCUGGUCGCCAAAACGCUGAAGUUUCCAGACAUCGAGGUGGCUGACGGAGGCCUUGCCGGCAUCAAUGCCGCCCUCGACAAGAUGAGGAGCGGCGCCGUCAGCGGCAAGCGCAUCGUCGUGCCCAUCACCGAGUCUGCCUCGCCCAGCCCGAGCAUCCCCGCUGCCAUUGCCACCGCGCCCGCAGACCUCCCGUCAAACGAUCUUGCCUACGCCGACCAGCUCAAUUCCGACCCUAACCGCAUCCAGUUCGCCUACUGGGUGCCCAACGUAUCGGGGGGCCUCGUCAUCUCCAAGAUCCCGCAGCGCACCAACUGGGACCUCAAGUCGAACCGGCGGUACGCGCAGACGGCGGAGCGGGUGGGGUUCGAGUACGCACUCAGCCAGAUCCGCUUCAUGGCGGGCUACGGCGCCGAGAACCAGCACGAGCCCGUCACCUUCUCGCAAGCGCUCCUGCACAGCACCGAGCGCCUGAAGCUCAUCGUCGCCCUCCUCCCCGGCCCGUGGAACCCCGCGGUGGCGGCCAAGCAGCUCGCCUCGCUCGACAACUACACCGACGGCCGCGUCGCCGUGAACAUCGUGUCGGGCUGGUUCAAGGCCGAGUUCACCGCCAUCGGCCAGUGGUGGCUCGACCACGCCGAGCGCUACCGCCGCUCGCGCGAGUUCAUCGAGUGCCUGCGCGGCAUCUGGACCCACGACAGCUUCACCUACAAGGGCGACUUCUACCGCUUCCACGACUACCCGCUCAAGCCCAAGCCGGUCGCGCUGCCGGGCCGCCCGCACCCGGAGAUCUUCCAGGGCGGCAACAGCGCCGACGCGCGCGAGAACGCCGGCGCCGUCAGCGACGUCUACUUCAUGAACGGCAACACGCUCGAGGGCUUCCUCGCCCAGAUCGCCGACGUGCGCGAGCGCGCGCGCCGCCACGGCCGCGAGGCCCGCGUCCGCUUCGCCGUCAACGGCUUCGUCAUCGUCCGCGACUCCGAGGCCGAGGCCGUCGCCGUCCUGCGCGACAUCCAGGGCAAGGCCGACCCGGCCGCCGUCGAGGGCUUCCGCCAGCAGGUCGCCAACGCGGGCGCCAGCUCCAGGGAGGGCCGCGGCAUGUGGGCCGACUCGGCGUUCGAGGACCUCGUGCAGUACAACGACGGCUUCAAGACGAAGCUGAUCGGCACCAAGGAGCAGGUCGCGGAUCGCAUCCUGCUGCUGAAGAGCAUCGGCGUGGAUAUCUUGCUGACGGCGUUUUUGCAUUACGAGGAGGAGAUCAGGGCGUUUGGCGAGACGGUGCUGCCGUUGGUGAGGAGGCUGGAGAAGCAGGGGAGGGGGAGGGAUAGCGAGUUCGAGAUACGGUUGACCGGGGAUGUGUAUAGGGAGAGGAAAUAG